GUGAAUCUGCUCUGGGGGGGUUUCCUGAGCUGAACAAAAGCAGCAGACACAGCGUCACUUCUCAGUUUGCAGCCCAGCUCACAGAUCUACAGAUCGACACCUCUCUCCUCCACCUCAGCCUGGACCCACAUUGCUUCAACCAAAACACAGCCAACUUCUCUAACCCAGCCAUGCCUCGCAACUUCAGGAAACCACGCAGGACAAACACCUCUGAUUCUUACUUCACCAACAACAAUGAGCUGAGGAUCGUGAUGGUGGGGAAGACUGGAGUCGGGAAGAGCGCCUCAGGAAACACGAUUCUUGGCCGCAAGUGCUUUGAGUCCAAGUGCAGCCCCAAAUCUCUGACGGAGGACUGCUCCAAAGGUGAAGCCACAGUGUCUGGUCAGCAGGUGGCUGUAAUCGACACUCCAGGCCUGUCUGACACCAGGUUCGACAUGGAGAAGACCACCAAGGCCAUUAGCCAGUGCUUCUCUUAUGCUUCUCCUGGACCACACAUCUUCCUGGUGGUCAUCAGGCUGACCAGGUUCACAGAGGAGGAGCAGCAGACGGUGCAAAGGAUCCAAGAAAUCUUUGGCCAGGCUGCAGACAAGUACUGUAUGGUUCUCUUUACAGGAGGAGAUGAUUUAGAUUCCACCAUCGAGGAGUUCCUGGCUGAAAGCCCUGAGCUGCAGGAACUGGUGUCCAGAUGUAACAACCAGUACCACGUCUUCAACAACAGGAACGAAGAUCGAUCUCAGGUCCAGGAGCUGCUGCAGAAGAUCAGAAAGGUGGUGCAGAAGAACGGAGGAAGCCACUACACCAACGAGAUGUUCCAGGAGGCUGAGAGGGCCAUCCAGGAGGAGAAGAAACGCAUCCUGGAGGAGAAAGAGGAGAAAAUACGAAAAGAAAGAGAAGAGAUGGAGAGGAAGCUGCAGGAGAAAUAUGAUAAAGAGAUGCAGAGAAUCAAACGAGAACUACACACUGAGAGAGAGAAGGAGAGGAAGGAGAGAGAGAAGGAGAGGAAGAGGGAGAGGGAGGAGACGGAGAGGGAGAGGGAGGAGAUGAAGAGGGAGAGGGAGAGGGAGAGGGAGGAGAUACAUCAGGGAACACAGUGAGGUAGUCAUGUGUGCAGUUAUGUGAGAAUAAAGCCCCAGAUGAGGAGACAGGGUGUCGACACCACAUAAAUCAGCUGAUUGAGAGCAAAGCUGCUGCUCUGAAUGAAACUCCAAAUUCUCCUGUGAUUUCAGUCAACCAGCCUAUAAAGACAACAUCCAUGAGAAUCACAGCUGUUGUUCCCAGACUUCACAAGUGACAAUGAUUCCACCUUCACACAGUGUUCCCACAGUCACGUUACUCCUCAUCAAUCCCUCCUCCUGUGAAAUUUAAAGUCAAUCAAACCAAAAAUAAUGACAAAAUACAUUUGAGUGUAAACACUAAUCCAGCUUACUAUAACAGACUGAAAAAUUGAAAUUCAUUCUUCAUUUCUGUCACAUUUCAAAAUGUAGCCCUUUGGUUAGUUCAGGUUAGUUAAGUUAGUAAGUGUACUGGAUAGCAGGAAGUAAGAAACUGUUAAGAAAAUAAAAAAACCUACGUUUCCUUUUAUAGUGGUUUAUGAGUGUUAUUGGUGUGUGAGAUUGGUCUGGGAAGAUUUGGGAAGUUUGAAAUGUAAUUGUAAUGGCAUGUGCUCAUUAUUUCAAAAAAUGGUGUGUAUUUUAUUUAGAAAUUCUGAUCACAAGUUGCAUGGGGCGACUGUGCUUGAGGUAACUUGUUGAAUGGGGCGGAGCAAGUCAUGGCUAAUUUGGGUAGAUAACCAAUUUUCUCUGCAAAAAGUUGCAAUGCAGUGGACAGAGGACACAAUCCGUGAAGUCCACCACUGUUGCAUUCGCGGAGAGAUUGAGUGGGACAAUAUUUCUGAGGAGGAAUAAUUGUGCUUGCCGUCUUCACCUUUGCUGUCGCUGCACAUGCACACGUGUGAGCCGCCCCGAGCCGUAAGAGGACAGCAUUCGCCUGCACGGGGACUGACCGUCUUCUGCUCUGGAGAGGAGGACAAGGAGUUUCCAUGGUCCCCGGACAUGCCAAGCAGAGGUUCGUUGGAAAGAGUUUCGCUUGCGCUGUGGUGAUUCGCGGAAAUCAGAACUCGGAACUCGACAUCAAUAUCCUGCUUGGAGUGAGGAGCUGCAGGGAGGAGUGAAUACAAUACAAGGAGAAACCAAAGUAUCAGGCCUGCAACGUGAACUUGGGGGCUAUUUAAGUUUUUCCAGUAGCUCUGCCAGCUUUAACUUUACUUUGUUUUCUUUAUCUGAGCUUGAAGGACUCAUUUGUGUUUCUUUUCAAUCAAAAAGUUGCUUGAAACAUACAUAACCUGAAAGACUAUUUUGUAGGGGUGUCCUCAGAUAGUCGACGAUUCGACGAUUCGUUCGAAGGGGCCUGAUUCGACUACCAAUCACGCAGUCGAAGCAUCGAAAAAAUGUGGU